CUGCGGGGAGGGCGCGGACGGACAGACGGACCUCGCCGGGAUGGGGGGUGUGGCCGCUCCGCCAGGGUCCUGCGGGUGGGUCAGCGGCACAGCGACCACCAGUGCCCGGGGCCCCUCCGCCUUCUGCUAGAGAUGCUCUUCCUCUCGUUUCAUGCAGGCUCCUGGGAAAGCUGGUGCUGCUGCUGCUGCCUGAUUCCAGCCGACAGACCUUGGGACCGGGGCCGGCGCUGGAGGCUGGAGAUGGCGGACACGAGAUCCGUGCAUGAAACCCGGUUUGAGGCGGCGGUGAAGGUGAUCCAGAGUUUGCCGAAAAAUGGUUCAUUCCAGCCAACAAAUGAAAUGAUGCUCAAGUUCUAUAGCUUUUAUAAGCAGGCAACUGAAGGACCCUGUAAACUAUCAAGGCCUGGAUUCUGGGAUCCUAUUGGAAGAUAUAAAUGGGAUGCUUGGAAUUCAUUGGGUGAUAUGACCAAAGAGGAAGCCAUGAUUGCAUACGUUGAAGAAAUGAAAAAGAUUCUUGAAACUAUGCCAAUGACUGAAAAAGUUGAAGAAUUGCUACAUGUCAUUGGUCCGUUUUAUGAAAUUGUAGAAGACAAAAAGAGUGGCAGAAGUUCUGAUUUAACCUCAGUCCAAGUGGAGAAAAUCUCUAAAUACUUAGAAGAUCUUGGUAAUGUUCUAACUUCUACACCAAAUGCCAAAACUCUUAAUGGUAAAGCUGAAAGCAGUGAUAGUGGAGCUGAAUCUGAGGAAGAAGAGGCCCAGGAAGGCGUGAAAGGAGCAGAACAAAGUGAUAACGAUAAGAAAAUGAUGAAGAAAUCUGCAGACCAUAAGAACUUGGAAAUCGUUGUCACUAAUGGCUAUGAAAAAGACAGCUUUGUUCAGGGCGUACAGAAUGACAUUCAUGCCAGUCCUUCCCUGAAUGGCAGAGGCGCUGAGACAGUAAAAUCUGUAGAUCAAAACUUGGAGCAAACUGAAAAAACUGCUGUCUGCGUUCACCAAGAUGUAAAUGAUGAUCAUGUUGAAGAUGUUUCAGCAAUUCAGCAUUUGACGAGUGAUUCAGACAGUGAAGUUUACUGUGAUUCCAUGGAGCAAUUUGGACAAGAAGAGUCUUUAGAUAGCUUUACGUCAAACAAUGGACCAUUUCGCUAUUACUUGGGUGGUAAUCCCAGUCAGCCCUUGGAAAGUUCUGGUUUUCCUGAAGAUGUUCAAGUAUCUCCUGGGAAUGGCAACAGGGGGGACACACAGGCGGCAGCAGUGGAAGGCAAAGGUGAAGUAAAGCACGGAGGAGAGGAUGGCGGGAGUAACAGUGGAGCGCCACACCGUGAGAAACGGGCUGGAGAAAGUGAGGAAUUCUCUAACAUCAGGAGAGGGAGAGGGCACAGGAUGCAACAUUUGAGUGAAGGAAGCAAAGGUCGGCAAGUGGGAAGUGGAGGUGAUGGGGAACGCUGGGGUUCAGACAGAGGGUCGAGGGGCAGCCUCAAUGAGCAGAUCGCUCUCGUGCUCAUGCGCCUGCAGGAGGACAUGCAGAACGUCCUUCAGAGACUCCACAAACUGGAGACGCUGACAGCAUCGCAGGCAAAAUCAUCAGCAUUACAGACUGAUAAUCAGCCCCCUUCACCGAGACCAUCUUGGUGGCCCUUCGAGAUGUCUCCUGGUGCAUUAAUCUUUGCUAUCAUAUGGCCUUUUAUUGCCCAGUGGUUGGUGCAUUUAUAUUACCAAAGAAGGAGAAGAAAAUUGAACUGAAGAAAAUAUUUUACUGAAGAAGACGACUGGGCCUGGAUGACCUCAGGAUGAAAUGGAUUGUGGAGCUCACAUGAAACUCCUAGUUUGUGAUGAUUACAUUUCUUUUUGUUGUCCAGUAGUUUGGUUUGUGUACAUAUAUACAUAUAUAUAUUUUGCACUACACAAAUGAUAACAUUUUAAGGACUAAUAUUGCUGAUACUUGAAUAAUCAAUCUCAACUAGGUUAUAAGUAACAGACUUAGAUUUACCCUACCCUUGAACUUGAAGGACAUUAAAUUAUUAAUUAUUGUUUGGUAACAUGUUUACCUGAUUAUCUCCCAUAGAGAAAUAUAAGCUGCUUUUCCAAGGUACAGUUGUGAUAAUAAGAACAGAUUUAUAACUGGGUAUUUUUAAUUUUCUAAAUUAAAUAUGAGAAAGUAUGCAAACCAGGAGUGAAUUUCAAAUGAGAUGAAAUCGACUUUCUUUCUUAGUCACUGAACCACCAUGCGAUUCAGUAGAAAACGACUGGAAGAAUCUUCUCCACGUCCACUUUGUGGGCUGCCCAUAAUCUUCCUUGGGCAUGCACAGCUCUAACUUUAGUGUUCAGGCAUCAUUAUGACAAAGUAGAGCCCUAUGUACUAGGCUUUGUUUUUACAAAUGAUUCACAGAAUAGACAUAACCUGCUAAUGGAAAUGAUGAAGAAUGGGCUUAAUGUGUUCUGAACCUGCAGAUCAUUAAUAAGAUUUGUAUUCAAUCAUAUCCAUGGAUUCCUUUGUAAUAAUUUUCCUUUAACUGAGGACAUCUUGUUUCUGCUUCAUAGGGUGCUUUGAAAUAUAAAAUGAAAACUUAUUUAUACUGUUUUUACAAAGGUCAAAGAGGAAACACAUGAAAAUCACUUUUCUGCAACUGGUAAACCACACAGACCAGACUCUUAACCUCUUAGUGCCUCAGUUUUUCCUUCGGGGUAUAAUAUUGGAGAUACACCUGUUUCACAAGGGGUAUUGGAGAGAUCUGCAAGCUAGCAGGCCAUAUGCUUCCAUGUGAAUAAGACAUACCCAACUAAUGUAAAUUUGUGUCUCUCCUCCACCUCCCACAUUUAGACUAAGAAGAAGACUGUAAUUUAGAUCCUUGAAGGCUCUGUUUGGAAUUAUCCUUCCUGCAUACCUUUUAAAACUCCCUGCUCAUGUAGAUGUACCUUAUGCUUUAAAGAUUUCUCUGAUACAAAGGUUUAGUAUCAAAUAAUUUUUAAAAUUCUUGGUAUGUGUGAUGUUGGGUUUAGCAUCAUGUGUUCAGAGUGUUCUCAAUAAGAGAGAAAGUAAUCCAUCCCUAGUCUAAAGGGUGGUUCUUUGUUUAUCUGAAGAAAAAAGUAUAAGAAUACAAUUUGCUUUUCUGAAGACUCUUUUUUUCCUUAUUUUUUUUCUUACAUGUAAGUUGAUGUUUUUUAUUUUUUAAUCCCAUCUUGAUUAAAAUGUAUCUGUCUAAAGAGAUCUACUAAUAUUUGCUUUUUAAAAGCUGUCCUCUAUUUAUUUAGGGAAAAAAAUGAAGCCAGUAACUGAAUUAUAUGUAAAAAUAAAAUUUAGACCUGUGGGUCGGGAGUUAUUUUAAAAAAUUAGCUAUCAAUCUGGUAUCAGAAAAUGGUGGGGCUUCCCUGGUGGCGCAGUGGUUUAGAAUCUGCCUGCCAAUGCAGGGGACACAGGUUCGAGCCCUGGUCUGGGAAGAUCCCACAUGCCGCGGAGCAACUGGGCCCGUGAGCCACAAUUACUGAGCCUGCGCGUCUGGAGCUUGUGCUCGGCAAUAAGAGAGGCCGCGACAGUGAGAGGCCCGCGCACCAUGAUGAUGAGUGGCCCCCGCUCGCCGCAACUAGAGAAAGCCCUCACACAGAAACGAAGACCCAACACAGCCAAAAAUAAAUAUAAAUAAAUAAAUAAAUAAAAAUUAAAAAAAAAAAAAAAGAAAAUGGUGGCUUUUCUCUUAGUAUAUAAAUAAAUAAGAUGCAAAGUAAGAAUGUAAGCAGUUGUGAUUCAUUACAAGCAGUUGGAGGUAACUAACUCCUAGGGAUAACCAUUUGUAUCCUAUUCCAAAGUCUUAUUUUAUAGUUUGAAAAGCACUUUGCACACAGUUCUUGUAUAUACAAGUAAAGACAUAAUUAUAGGAUGUAGUGUUACUGCUUUGUUUAACAAGAACCUCAUUUAAAAUUGACAGCUAUGGUAUUUUUUUAAUGAUCUACUUCUUUUCUGUUUCUUUAUUGUAAAAUUAAGUUAAAAAUAAAAGGUUAAUGAAAAA